AUGCCUUUUCUCGUAGUUGUCACUCCCAACAUCCCCGCCGACAAGAAGGAUGAAUUCCUCGGACAUUGGCCCUCAAUUAAGGAGGAAAUCUCAAAGCAACCUGGCGUUGUUGGCGUAGCCGGAGGUCAGGUUGUCAACGAGAGCGGAUCGCCAGUGACCGACUUCAAGUUCCUUCAGACCAUAACUUUCAACUCAGAGGCGGAUGACAAAGCUUUCACUGAGUCAGCAUGGGCAAAGGAGCAUGAGGCCAAGCUCAAGGCUAGUGGUGUUAGCGAGCCACGCAUCAAGAAGUUCGAGACGAGCCCACUUCCUAGCGAGAAGCCCAAGACCUUCACCCAGUUCUCAUUCCUCGAUAUUGCCGACGAGAGCAAGCACGAGGAAGCGAAGCAAGCGUGGCUGGAUGUCGUUGCCGCUCUUGGACAGUCUGUGCACUUCGGUGGGAAGAGUGUUGGUGAGGGACCGAGUACUGGAUUGGGUAUCCUGGGUUGGGACAGUGAAGAUGAAGCUAAGGCUGCGUUUAGCAAGCCGGAGGCCCAAGCUGCCUUGCAGAAAUACAAGAGCUUCGGGCAGACCGUGGGAGUCAUGGUCAAGCUCGAUUUGUGA